CAAAUUACAGGACAAAAGCAACGCUUUAAUCUUUGUCAAUUGAUAUUUAGGAUUGUAAUUACCUGCGGCACGCAGUUCAGUUUCCAGUGUUGUGCGAAAAUGUCUGCGAUGGCCACGACCUCAUCACGUAGCCUCCGAGCCUGCCAACCAAAGGCGUUUGGAAUUCAGCGCCCGGCGCGCAGCUUUUGCAUCCCCGCGCGGGCCACCCGGACGACCUACAAGAUUGAAGUUGAGCACGAAGGCAAGAAGUUUGAUCUGGCAGUACCCGAGGGCGAGUCCAUUUUGUCCGUGGCUCUGGAUAAGGGGAUCGACCUCCCGCACGACUGCAAACUGGGCGUGUGCAUGACGUGUCCGGCAAAGCUGGUGAGUGGCAAGGUGGAUCAGAGCGGUUCCAUGUUAUCGGAUGACGUGGCGGAGAAGGGCUACACGCUUCUCUGCGUUGCAACGCCCAAGUCCGACUGCAAGAUUAUGACCAUCUCCGAGGACGAGCUGCUGGACCUGCAGCUUGUGGCGGGAGCUUAAUUGGAGCCGCAUCUUUGGGCCCAAAAGAUGGCGUCUCGCUCGGCGCUUGAGGCCGGCAUGUGCGGCAACAGAGGCAACGUCUGGCUUUAAUUGCCUGCGGGACGACAGAUGUUUCAAAAACGCUGUUUCAAGGCAGAUGAUUAUUGCAGGGGGUGGAUUUAGAAUGACCACGUAACGUUUAGUUACGUGUAACGUGCUUGGAGUGUAGAGUGCAGGAGGUGGCUGUGGGCGAGGUCCUCCGGAAAACAGUUUUGGCAGCGAGCGAUGUCGAUUGGCGCGAUCUGACGAGAUGUGCUAACAUUAAUUAAUUGCGAACAAGGAUGGCUUUUGUGUAGUCGCCUAUGUUUGAGGGACGUGCGUUUUUUCUUGGGUUCAAACAGUGGGAUUUACCGGGGGAAGUACGGCGGCACAUCCAGCGGGUCUUGUGUGCUGAUGGAGGCCACGCAUGGUUGCCUUAGCAUGAAAUGUAAAAAAGCAUUAGCUCCACCUGCUUGCGCACAUGACUUUGCAGGAACAGGUAUAUGCUUUGCUUUACUGCAAUCCACGUGGUUAACCCAUAGGCUUGAGCUCCUUAUUAAUAUUGUUACAGCCGUAAACCUGCGAAAUAAUUUAUGUGAUAUUGUCCAUCGCGCUGGGUGACCUAAUGGAUUUUAAUAAUCACAGUCGUG